GGCAGCCCCUUUUUUCCAACUUAUAUAAGACCUGCCUUGGAUGGGGAGAGGGAAGUGAACUGGGGCAAAUAUUCAUUUCAAUCCAGAGACCUGGCAGAAAUCAAAGUGAGGCCACCAUGGCUCUGAAGGGCUCCCACCUAAUGCUCCUCCUGUUGGGGCUGUUCCUAGCGGAGCUGGUCCACCAAUCGACCGGCAAAGAGUCCCCCUCAAAGAAGUUUCAGCGGCAGCACAUGGAUCCAGAGAAUUCGGCCUCCGAUGACACUAAAUACUGCGACCACAUGAUGAAGGCCAGGAACAUGACCAAAGGGAGAUGCAAACCAGUCAAUACCUUCAUACACGAGCCUAAGGAAAUAGUCGAUGCCGUCUGUAGGGAGACUAACAUCACCUGCAAGAAUGGGCAGUCCAAUUGUUACCAGAGUAGCCAGCCUAUGUCCCUCACCCACUGCCGCCAGACUGGAGCCUCCAAAUACCCCAACUGCCAGUACCGGGGUUCUGAUAUCACUAAACAAAUCAUUGUGGCCUGUGAGGGAAACCCCUAUGUGCCCGUGCAUUUUGAUGCUUAUGUGUAGGAUGGGGUCUGACCCCAGGGCAAAGGGAAUCAAUCCCCUUACGCCACUAGAUACCCCCUUAUGGCCUUCCCUGUUUUCCUCCUCCCUGACAAAGCACCUGAAAUAAUGCCUUUCCUUUUCCCUCUCCCCUUGCAUGCCUUUCCUCAAACUCUUAUUGCCUGGGAUCAGCCUGAAUGAGCACUGCUCCAAGUAGUCCUUCCACUUUGGGGAUAAGUUUUGUGUGCGUGUGUUCAAGGGAAAAUACAACGAGAGUCCCAGAUGUUACAUCCCUUUACUGCUAUUCUCAAUAAAACUUACCUGGUCCCAGGUGAAGAUGCUAAA